CUUGAGGGGACGGGCCGGGUCGGGCCGCGCCGCCGCGCCGGGAGAGGAGCGGAAAGUGGGGAAAGCCCGAGAACUUCCCGUCCGCCCGCGCCCGCCCCGCCGGGCUUCGCCGUUUCCCUCCUGAGAGAUGUCUGAGGCUCCUGCUCAGUGUUGCAUUAAGCAGGAAAGAAUUUCGUACACACCUCCAGUGAGCCCGGUACAAAAUUACACUUCCUCGUCACCACUACAUGUCCCAGUGCCUCGAGCGAUCAGGAUGGAGGAAGACACAAUCAGACUGCCGGCGCACCUGCGUUUGCAGCCCAUUUACUGGAGCAGGGAUGAUGUGGCACAGUGGCUCAGGUGGGCGGAGAAGGAGUUUUCCUUGAGGCCGAUUGAGAGCAACACUUUUGAGAUGAACGGCAAGGCUCUGCUGCUCCUGACCAAAGAGGACUUUCGAUACAGGUCGCCUCAUUCAGGUGAUGUUUUGUAUGAACUCCUUCAGCAUAUCCUGAAGCAAAGGAAAGCUCGUAUGCUCUUCACACCUUUCUUCCACCCUGGGAACUCUAUCCAUGCUCAGCCAGAGGUCAUAUUACACCAGAAUCAUGAUGAAGAUAGCUUUGUCCAGAGACCUUCAAGACCAUCCACAGAAACAGUCCACCACAACCCCCCAACCAUUGAACUGUUGCAUCGUUCUAGAUCACCCAUCACCAACAACCACCGUCCAUCACCAGAUCCCGAUCAGCGGCCACUGAAGUCCCCUAUGGACAACACUAUCCGUCGCCUGUCCCCAGCCGACAGGGUGCCGGCAACAAGGCAUCAGCAAGAGAACAACCACCAGGAGCCCUAUCCUCUCUCAGUGUCCCCGAUAGAAAACAACCACUGCCCGCCUCCUUCUGAGGUGCUCCAGAAGCCCUCCAGCCCUCGCCAGGAGAACACCAGGGUCAUCCAGCUGAUGCCCAGCCCUAUCAUGCAUCCUUUGAUACUGAACCCCAGGCACUCCGAUUUCAAACCACCAAGGUUGUCUGAGGAUGGGCUGCACAGGGAGGUAAAGCCAAUCAACCUGUCCCACCGAGAAGAGUUAGCUUAUAUGAACCACAUCAUGGUGUCUGUAUCCCCUCCUGAGGACCAUGCAAUGCCAAUUGGAAGAAUAGCAGACUGUAGAUUGCUUUGGGAUUAUGUUUAUCAGCUGCUUUCUGACAGCCGGUACGAAAAUUUCAUCCGAUGGGAAGAUAAGGAAUCCAAAAUAUUUCGGAUAGUGGAUCCCAACGGGCUGGCCCGGCUGUGGGGAAACCACAAGAACAGAACAAAUAUGACUUAUGAGAAAAUGUCCAGAGCCCUACGCCACUACUACAAACUAAAUAUUAUCCGGAAGGAGCCAGGACAAAGGCUUUUGUUCAGGUUCAUGAAGACCCCAGAUGAGAUUAUGAGUGGCCGAACAGACCGCCUCGAGCACCUUGAAUCCCAGGAACUGGAUGAACAAAUAUACCAAGAAGAUGAGUGCUGAAGGGAACUGGUGCACCGCCUCUGUGGGUCCAUGGGAGAAACAUCUGCCCAGAUGGCUGGCACGGUUUGGGAGGGGAAGCAACAACACAGCAGCAGUACUUGGGGUCGCCGCUUAGCUUGAAGACCAGCGCAGGACCUGAAGCACCUUAACAAAACAAACUAACAGGCAGAAGUGGUGCUGGCAGAAAAGUAAAGGGGCGAAAGCCUGGACUUAUGCACUACUUCACUGUUCCUACAAAGUCUCCCUUGAGUUCGUUCUUUCUUUUUGGUUUGUUUCAGUUUUGGGGGUUUUUUGUUGGUUUUUUUCCCUAAUAAACAUGCAGUUUGACUUUCCUUAUCUCACAUA